AUGCCACAUUACAAGCCCUCGAGAAUAGACGGCCUUGCCGAGCGGCAGCGCACUGAACAAGCCAGGCAGCUGGAGCUUGCCGAGCACGAGCCCAGGGAGCCCGAGCCCGGCGAGGACGAGUGCGAAGAGGGCAAGCCAAGUACAAUGGGCACGACACAUGCGGGCACGACGGCGCCAGCGGCGCCGACACGGGUGAGCACGGCGCAUGCGGGCCCGGGUAUGACACAGACGAGCGCAACGGGAGAAAAACAACGAGCCUCGAUUAACAUCAACAAGGCAAACACGAUCAGGGCCGGCCAAUACGACCAGGAUGUGUACAACACUUACAACCCCAGCAAGUGUCAGCCCAACAAGCGGAAGCUCAUCAAGCAAAGUGCUGCAGCAGACAAGCCCGCCGUCCAAGUGUCCGAGGACAGAAUAGCGAGCUGGAUGGAUCGGGAGUUGAUCGGGAGCGUACAGGCCCGCGUUGGAAUCGCAGAGCGCUCGUCUCCCCGUACAUUACCUGCGGGCGCUAGGCCAAAUGCGGAAGGAUUUGAUUUGCUUUAG